AUUACAGAUCCAGUAACUGGAGACAUGACCAUUAAGAAUAGUACCAGUGCUAACAGUGGGACAUACCGGUGCACAGCAAAGAACGUAGUAGGCCAAAGUGAAUGCAUUGUAUUGUUGACUGCAGAUCAGGGUAAAAGUCGUGUUGGAAUGAUUGUUGGAGCCAUCAUUGGGGCCCUCUUGCUCCUCCUCCUCCUCCUACUUCUUCUGUGGCUCCUCAUCUGCUGCUGCAACAAACGACGCUACCAGAAGGAAGUGGCGAAUGAGAUCAGGGAGGACACUGCAGCCCCAGUGAGUCAUCCCAGCAGUCGUGCUAGUAGCAUUCGCUCCAUACUGGGCUACCGACCACAUCAUGUGAAUUACUCUCUACGCCGCCAGUAUAAAAAUGCUAAUCAAAAUGAUCUUAGUGAUGUCAACAGUCCUGCUAGUAGUGUAUAUGCUUCCUCAAGGGCAGGAACACAACAGCCUCCCAGAAAUGCUGGAGUUACAUUUGCGCCUCUUCCGUCAGCUCAAGUAAACACCUCCAGGGCUGCAAGUAAUGGUUCAGGCAUUCCAUCCUCAAGGAUUGAGGUAUCUAAGAGGGACAGGAUUGGAGGCUAUUCACUUAGAGAAACUGAACGGCCUGGCUGGGGUGAUAUAAACAGGGUACCCAGUAAUGCUUCUGCCCCACCUGGAGAAUAUAUUGCAAACAACAGAAAUGAUAGCCCCUUCACAACACCAGUACGCUUCAAUGCAAUGGAGGACAUCAGCAGAAUCCCCAGCAAUGCCUCUGACCUCCGUUUUGGAAAAAUAACUGACAACAAUAUCAGCAGAAUGGGUGGUAUACCAGUCAUGAUACCUGCACAGGCACGGGAAGGCUAUGCUGUAUAAACUGUCGCAACACAAGUGAAGACUUUACUUUAGAUUGAGAUGCACCUCCUGACAUAGUACUCCAAGAGAAUACAUAUUGGAUCACAAGUAAUAA